AUGCUGGCCGGCCGGGUGUCGCUCGCCCUCGGCGCGGGGCGGCGUGGCGCGGGGCGGUGCGGUGCGGGCUGUGCGCGCGGUCCGCGGCCCGGGGGCGCGCUCGACGCCCGGCGCAGCCCCCAUUUACAUAAAGCCCGCGCCACGCGGCCCGGACAGCGGCGCCCACGGUCAAGUCCGCCCGGCGUCCCGCCCCGCCCACCACCCCCGGCCGCGGGGACCAGCCGACGCCCACGCCGCUUCCACGGUCCUCGACGGCUGCCGCGUGAACCUGCGCCGCGGCCCCCGGGCCUCCCGGUCCUCCCGGUCCCUGAGGCAGCGCCGGCGGGGGUCGUGGCUCCCGGAAGCGGAGCGGGCAGGGGCUGCCUCGGGGCGGAAAGCUGCCGGCAAAAUCCGGGCUGCGGAGAACGGCUCCCGGGUCGCCCACGUCCCCUCCCAUCCCCGCCCCAGGGCCCCCCGAACCCCGUCCCUCUUCUCUUCCGGGGACUCGGGGGGCGCCCUCCGUUCUCCUCCUCCGGGCAGCGGCGCCCUCUCUCCCCCGCCUCCCCGACUCCCCUCAGCCGGGCCGAGGCGCGCGGUGACCGGAAGGGAGAGGAGAGGCGGCGGCGGGUGCGAGUCCCUCGCCCUGCGCGCGGAGUGAGGAUCCCCGCGAGCGCCUCGGCGCGGGGCGGCCCUGGCCCGGCAUCUCCCGCCCGGCGUCUCCCGCCCGCUGCUGCCCUCUGCCGGCCGGGACCGCGCUGUGGCCGGCGGCAGGAUGUGGGCCUGGGUUCCGGCUCCUCCGGGGAGCUGCGAGCUUCGUGGGCUCCCCUCGUCCUCUUGGGGUCCCCGCUUCCGGCCCUUUCCCCUCCUCUCCUCAUCCCCCUCAAGGAAACGCUACUUCGUUUUUCUCUCGCCCGUCACACACUCGCAGCAGCCACGGUCCCGCCCGACCUCAGGCUCCUCGCUUGGCCGUCCCUUUGCGGUUGAGCGUCCAGCUCCCUAACCCCGUCACGGAAACGUGUCCGAAGUCGGACACGCCGCCCUGUCACCUGCCGGCCAGCCCGCAGCUGCGAACCAGUGAGCAGAGACCCCGUGGGUUCAACAGGGCCGCACGGAAAGGACGUGGAGUGGAAGGCCCUUCCCUGCCUCACUCCGCCUUCCCAACGCAAGCUCGAUAGGGGUCCAUGGAGAGACGCUUCGGCUACACCGCCAGGCGACUCUGAUCCACAUGUCGUUGUGGUUGUGUUUUAACAGACUUUGGUGAUUCUCACCCUUUUGUGUUUGAACUCAGGCCGGGGGGCAAUGACGUCAUCCCAGCUCACUGUCAACUUGAAGUACGGGGCUCAGGUGACCCACCUCAGCCUCCCGAAGUGCUGGGAUUACGGGCGCCAGCCACCGCCCCGCCGGAUGCUCGUCUUAAAUGCCAUUUUCACGGCCGCCUGAAUCCCGUUUCUUCGGGUGUUAAGAAAACCUCAAACAUCCGCCAGAAAACAUCUUUCCUUAGAUACGCUGAGUAACUAAAACUGUCUAACGCUCAGCGCCCAGACGCUAAGCGAUCGUGGAAACAGGCAAGAAGACUUCAUUUCAGCAUUAGGCCAUAGAAAUAAGCUCCAGCAUCUCAGGACCCACAGUGACCUAAGUGAGUCGUUUUCACGGGGGAAACUGCAGACCCGAGUUUGGGGAGUUGAGACAUCUCUACUCACAGGGAAUUUCUAUGGCCAAAACUUAUGACAAUGACAGUAUAUGCUCAUAAGAUAUACUCCUAUCAAAGCCUUAGAAGCUUAGAGAUACAACUGAGAAAUAAAGUAAAAUCUUAGAGUUCACUGAGGAGGAGGGGGACGUUCAGAAAAGGGGAACAAUGAUACCUGUGGAAGACGCAUCACUAUGAGAGGCUGUGUGGGAAACAUGAAGAGGAGCCUUAACAACACGACCUGGGCGCUCCUACUGCUUGGGAAAGCUGACCUUUGGCUGGAGCUUAAGGGAGAAGGGAGCCUUCAACAAGAGCAAAAAGAACACUAUAGCAAAGCAAUCAACUAAGUUCAAUUGAACAAAUAUUCAUUGAGCAUCUACUACGUGCCAAGCAUUGACAGAGUCCAUGAAGAACACAAAGGAAAUGUGUGGCACAUCCCUACCCUCAAGUUCACAGUGAGGCUGGAAUGACAGUGUGCAGUGCUGUGGAGAGCCGAAAGAGAAAGUGCUAUGUCCACAUGGGGAUCAGAAGGAUGAAAUUUACCUGGACCUGCAUGACAGACAGGAAGGAACACAGGUAAGACUAUUGCCUAUGUCAAAAGACUGGGGCAAAUUUUGGAAAAGUUUGAGUACAGUGUAGCACACCUGUGGAGGAAAACCUAGGACAUAAGCCAGCCUAGAUGACAAGCUAAGAAAUUGGUUUAGGCAGAAGUGGGAGCUAGAGCAAAUCAGCUCACAUGCUCUCUGGGUCUUCUGUUUACACUGUAGUAUUACAGGGGUUAGAAGGUAGCAAGUCCCAGAGAAGCGCGAUGUGUAAGUCACAGCCAUUCAACAUUGUACACAGCUAGGCAAAAGCAGAGAAAGUUCCGAAAGGUGUGCGCAUAGAAUCAAAGGAUCCUCAGGCAUGGGAGAAAUUCCUAGAACUAUAGGAAGAGUUAGAAGUUGAAGAAAAACAAAGGGCUGUGAGAUGCCCAAAGGUGCUCACUCACACCGCAGUGGCUACAGCACCCUGCAAGACACAACGUGGUCUCUGUUAACCCUUUCCUUAUCAAGUCCUGCACCUUCUAUUUCACUGUUAUCCCCCAUGGGGUCCCUUCUCUCACAUCUAAUGCUACUGCCGUGGCCGUGGUCCUCUGGAUCUCUAGAACAGCACACGCAGCUCUGCCAAGUUUCGCACCGAUGAGAACGAAUUUCGGUUAAAGUGAAACGGUGCCAGGUCAGCUCCUGUGGGAUAUGAGAAGAAUGCUCUGAGCCACCGAGGGAGGAAGAGGAUGCCUGGACUACUGAGAACUUGUCCUUACUACUUCGGGACCUGACCAACUUCAGUACACCCUCUGUGCUGCCACAAGAGAAAAACUGGAAGCAGGUGAUUCAAUCAAGUCCACCCAGACACUUAGAGGUCAUCUUUUCCUGGCUUUCCCAAACUUAUGUCCUCAUCUGCAAAUGAAACAGGUCCCCAGGACCCUCCUGGGCCUACUGCGUCAGUCUCCAAGGAAGGGCCCAGGAUUCCGUGUGUCUAAUGACCUGAAAUCCCCCAGCAGAUCCCUGUGCUCAGGCUGUCUGGGGAAGCACUGAUAGAUCCCACCACCUUUACCACAGAUGAAGAAACUCAGAUCCUGGGAGACACAUCAGUUGCAGAAGUCCAGAAAACCAGGGCCAGGAGCAGAAUGGAGACUGGAAAGCAGAAUAGCUGUGGACGAAACUGUAGACCUCAUCCUCAUCUCACUAGUGUGAGAUUCACCUUGGGCUCCUGGGAGUGUGGGACCCUGGCAGUGGGCAGCCUCCCUCUCUCACUCCUUCAGCCCUGUGGGUCAUCUCACUAGUGUCUGUGCCAGAGCCCCAUCUGAGAUUCACCUUGGGCUCCUGGGAGCGUGGGACCGUGGCAGUGGGCAGCCUCCCUCUCACUCCUUCAGCCCUGUGGGUCAUCUCACUAGUGUCUGUGCCAGAGCCCCAUCUGAGAUUCACCUUGGGCUCCUGGGAGUGUGGGACCCUGGCAGGAGGCAGCCUCCCUCUCUCACUCCUUCAGCCCUGUGGGUCAUCUCACUAGUGUCUGUGCCAGAGCCCCAUCUGAGAUUCACCUUGGGCUCCUGGGGGUGUGGGACCCUGGCAGUGGGCAGCCUCCCUCUCACUCCUUCAGCCCUGUGGGUCAUCUCACUAGGGUGUGUGCCAGAGCCCCAUCUGAGAUUCACCUUGGGCUCCUGGGAGCGUGGGACCGUGGCAGUGGGCAGCCUCCCUCUCACUCCUUCAGCCCUGUGGGUCAUCUCACUAGUGUCUGUGCCAGAGCCCCAUCUGAGAUUCACCUUGGGCUCCUGGGAGUGUGGGACCGUGGCAGUGGGCAGCCUCCCUCUCACUCCUUCAGCCCUGUGGGGCCACAACAGCUGUGACUCUUGAGCAGUGGAAAGGAAGAAGGAGAGGAAAAUCCUGGACUGUGUUGCUACUGAGGAACCAGGAUCAGGCAGAGCCUGGGGUACCUUUGCAUCCAGCUUCUAUUUGUCCAGAGACAGCUGAAGAUGAGCAAGAUCCACCUACGGGCAAAACCGUGCGCCCAGCAGUGCUUAUCCCUGGAGCUUCCGGCUCUCCUUUUUUGCUUCCUGCCUCCCCUGACGCGGGCCCUUGCCUCUGCUUGCCCAGUGUCUCCUGUGCUCAGCCUUUUCCUCCACACACCCGUAGAAACGUCUUGUGGCCGUUUGUCCGUACUUUGAAAGCCGUUUUGCUUGGCUUGCUAUUUGCUCUCUGCAGCCUUUCCACCUGCUCUGAACCCUAAAAGAAUAAGGAACUUCAGAUAACUGUAGUGGUGAAAAAAUAUUUGUAAUAGGGGACCAAGAAUCCCAGCUUGCCCUUGAAAUCAUAAUUUUAGGAUUGCCUUAAAAUGUUGUUCAGCCAUUCAACACACAUUUACCGAGCAGUACCUGUAUAAAGCACCGUGUUAAAUGUUUGGCAGUCAGGAGAGAGGAAGGGGAAUUCGUUGAAAAAUGAACCAGCCCUGGUCCUUCCCUUUGAGCUGCCCACAGUCUGGUGAGGAUACAAAUUCCAAGAGCUAACACGGUAUGAUGGAGACAUCCAUAACACAGAUAGGAGCCUGGGGAGGGGUUAGUUAACCUCUGGUUCAGGACAAGGCUUUACAGAGAGGCUACAAUUGAAUUCGAACUGAAGCAUAAGAUGGUUUUCACUUGGGUGUUAAUAGGAUGAAGGAAGCCGCAUAUAUAAGGUAGCAGAUACUGGGAAAAGUUUGUCAUGUUCAAAGGGAAAAAACAAAACAGAAGAUAGGAAUGGAAAGAGAGAAGAAUGAAUGGUAAGGAGUAGAUGGAAAUGAUGCUUAUAAAGUAGGUUGGUAGGUAAGUAAUGUAACAGACUUUCCCAAAGAUGGCCUCAUCCACAUAUACUGCACCCCACGGUAUGGAGCCUGCAUUCCCUCAUCCAGAGGCGAAGUGUCCUUGCCGGGCUCCACACAUCACAGAGCAGUAACAAGUCAUCCUGCUGUAUUCGGCCCAAAAGUCUACCACGGUAGCCAUGAGAGGUCAUGAAUCACUAUCGUUUGAAGCCACUAAAUGAGUCUUUAUACAGCAAUAAAGUAACAGAUACCAGCCAUGUCAGGAGUUGCUUGUUGGGAGAAAUCACGUUUUUUCUUUAUAGAUUAAAACAAACAAACACUGGCGAACCAGUGAAGCUGUGUUCAUCAGGGAAUGGCCUAAGAAUUACAAGUGAGAAAGACAGGCCUGGGGCAAUAUGGAAAUAGGUGGUGGGGAAGGGCUGCUUGGAGACUGGGACACUGUGAGGAGGCUGUCAGAGUUACCCAGGCCAGGCAGAAGGGAUGGCACGGCCGGAAAGCCAUUUCCAUUUGUAAGGAAUACUUUCUUAAUUUUCGUUUUGUUUUUAAGUCUUUUACUUUCAUGUAACCAAAAAGUGAGAAGCAAAAUGCUUGAGCUGAUUCUCUACCACUUCCAACUGUGAAGAAUCAUCUUUUUUCUCUG